AUGGCUGAGAACACGCGCCCAAUGGGAGCCGACGCCGACGAGAUUUGGAGCUCUAGCGAGACGACGAUGCACAACGACCCAGGCUCUGGGAAAAUCAAUACCAUCAACACUGAGUCUCGAUUUCGUGCACAAGUCGAAAACCUUCUCGAUGCCCAUGUCUUCCUACAGAUGGCACGAGGGCGCAGCUGCGCAGGCAAACCGGCCGCCGUCAAUAUCUCUGCGACUCGUCAAGUGGGGGCCGCAGGAACACUCAGACGUCAGCCUUGGGACAACUUAAUCGGCACAAAAGAGCCCCAUCAUCUGUUCGAGACGGAGUACUGGCUUUCGAAGGGCUUCGAUGGCCGUGACACGAAUGCUCUAUCCGACUCUGUGGAACUCAAGCCCGGGGCUCGGAAUCUGGUGCCCAGGCCCAUGUUCAGUUCUCGUCCUCCCCCAGUGUCGUCACAGGUGCAGGACAGUGAUUGA